CACGCGCGGAAGUAAACACCUGCACGUCAUCAGGGCGCGUCUUCUUUGCCUUUCCCCUCCCAUCUCCCCGGAUCGGUGGACGUGCUCACCUCCGCCGGGGGCCAAGUCUAUGUCCCGCUUUCCCGCCGUCGCGGGCAGGGCGCCACGGCGACAAGAGGAAGGAGAGCGGUCCAGAGAGCCCCAGGAAGAGCGGCCUUCGGCGGUUUCCAUCGCUGACAGAGAAGAGAAAGGAUGCACAUCACAGGAGGGAGGAACUACUCCAACUUUUCCUAUUCAAAAACAAAGAAAAAAGCUUAUUCAAGCUGUGAGGGACAAUUCAUUCCUUAUUGUUACUGGAAAUACAGGAAGUGGUAAAACAACUCAACUUCCAAAAUAUCUAUAUGAAGCAGGGUUUUCACAACAUGGUAUGAUCGGUGUGACUCAGCCACGAAAAGUAGCGGCCAUAUCGGUUGCUCAGAGGGUUGCUGAAGAAAUGAAAUGCACUUUGGGGUCCAAAGUAGGAUACCAAGUUCGUUUUGAUGAUUGCAGCUCUAAGGAAACAGCAAUCAAAUAUAUGACUGAUGGAUGUUUAUUGAAACAUAUUCUGGGAGAUCCAAAUCUUACCAAGUUCAGUGUCAUUAUUUUGGAUGAAGCCCACGAGAGAACUCUAACUACAGACAUCUUAUUUGGUUUAUUGAAGAAGCUAUUUCAGGAGAAGUCUUCUAACAGGAAGGAGCAUUUAAAGGUCGUGGUGAUGUCAGCAACUAUGGAAUUAGCCAAGCUCUCUGCAUUCUUUGGAAAUUGUCCAAUAUUUGAUAUACCUGGAAGGCUUUACCCGGUCAGAGAAAAAUUCUGCAAUUUGAUUGGCCCACGAGAUCGGGAAAAUACUGCCUAUAUUCAAGCGAUUGUGAAAGUGACCAUGGAUAUCCAUUUGAAUGAAAUGGCUGGAGACAUCUUGGUUUUUCUGACUGGUCAGUUUGAAAUCGAAAAAAGUUGUGAGUUACUUUUUCAGAUGGCAGAGUCUGUGGAUUACGAUUAUGAUGUUCAAGACACCACACUAGACGGGUUGUUAAUAUUGCCAUGUUAUGGAUCCAUGACAACAGAUCAACAGAGGAGAAUAUUUUUGCCACCUCCACCUGGAAUUAGAAAAUGUGUCAUAUCUACUAAUAUUUCUGCCACAUCUUUGACAAUAGAUGGAAUCAGAUACGUGGUAGACGGUGGCUUUGUGAAGCAGUUAAAUCACAAUCCCAGAUUGGGGCUGGACAUCCUGGAAGUGGUUCCGAUUUCAAAGAGUGAGGCGUUACAGCGAAGUGGCCGAGCUGGUAGGACUGCCUCAGGAAAAUGCUUUCGGAUCUAUAGUAAAGAUUUCUGGAACCAGUGUAUGCCUGACCACGUGAUCCCUGAGAUUAAGAGAACUAGUUUGACAUCUGUAGUUCUGACCUUAAAGUGCCUUGCCAUACACGAUGUUAUAAGGUUUCCCUAUUUGGACCCACCUAAUGAGAGACUUAUUUUGGAAGCUCUUAAACAACUUUACCAGUGUGACGCUAUUGACAGGAGUGGCUACGUGACCAGACUGGGUUUGUCCAUGGUGGAGUUUCCUCUCCCUCCGCAUCUGACCUGUGCGGUUAUAAAGGCUGCCUCUCUGGACUGUGAAGAUCUGCUGCUCCCGAUCGCAGCCAUGUUGUCUGUGGAGAAUGUCUUCAUUAGACCUGUUGAUCCAGAGUACCAGAAGGAAGCAGAGCAGAGACAUCGAGAAUUGGCAGCUAAAGCUGGAGGAUUUAACGACUUUGCAACGUUAGCUGUCAUUUUUGAGCAGUGCAAAUCAAGUGGAGCUCCAGCGUCCUGGUGCCAAAAACAUUGGAUUCAUUGGAGGUGCUUAUUUUCUGCGUUUCGUGUUGAAGCUCAACUUCGAGAACUAAUCAGGAAGCUUAAACAGCAAAGUGAUUUCCCAAGAGAGACCUUUGAGGGCCCUAAACACGAAGUACUGAGAAGAUGUCUUUGUGCAGGCUAUUUUAAAAAUGUAGCUCGAAGAUCUGUUGGGAGAACGUUUUGCACAAUGGAUGGGCGUGGAAGCCCAGUUCACAUUCAUCCUUCCUCAGCACUUCAUGAACAGGAAACCAAACUUGAAUGGAUCAUUUUCCAUGAGGUAUUAGUUACCACCAAAGUCUACGCAAGAAUUGUGUGUCCAAUUCGUUAUGAAUGGGUGAGAGACUUGUUACCGAAGUUGCAUGAAUUUAAUGCACAUGAUUUGAGCAGUGUGGCCCGACGUGAAGCAAGAGAAGAUGCAAGAAGGAGAUGGACAAAUAAGGAAAAUGUAAAACAUCUAAAAGAUGGAAUAUCAAAAGAAGUCCUAAAGAAAAUGCAAAGGAGAAACGACGAUAAAUCCAUAUCAGAUGCACGGGCUCGUUUCCUUGAGAGAAAGCAGCAGAGGUCCCAGGAUCACAGUGACACAUUGAAGGAAACAGGCUAAGCAGUGAACCUUCCGAUUCAGGAAGUAGGAAAAGCAGCCAAGAAAUGUGCUUCUACUUGCCAUUUAUAUAAGACAGCACUACCAAGAGGAGGUGGUCAGCAGCUGUUUCUAGCAUAGGAGCUGAAAGCACAUCCAAGCUCCUGAAUACCAAUGAAUGGAAUUUUCAAAGAAAAGAUUGGGUUGCCAUAGUCAUAGGCAAUGCUAUAUGAAACCAAUGAAAGACAAUACAUGUGAUAUUUUUCUCACUUCAAUUUUGCUGGCCUUAACUGGUAUCAAUGCUGUCACUGAGAUAUUUUCAAAGAACAUUGAAUUUUAUGUAAUCAGUGUGUAUUCCCUUUGCAUUAAAGUAUUAAAAGUUAUUUUCCUUAAAUCUCUUUAAGGCCUUCGUGUUGCUAUUAGAAUAGUAUUACAUCAGGUUAUCAGGUAUGUGACUAUUUCCUUCAGGAGGCUGAACAUAAGAGGUUUUUACUCAGCAAUACUUAGAUGUCUGUUUAAUCGCUAAAGAGCUUUAUAGAUAUUUAGAGAAAAGACAGUUAGUGAAUAAGAAAAUUGCCUAUGGCAAGAUUCUUGGUUGAAUUACUAUUAAUCCUUAAAUUGAUUUUUCUGGGAUUAUACAAAUUCCUUUUUAUAUAAAAGUAUAUUGUUUAAAACAGUAGCUAUAGCCAUUAACCAAAGGACAGAUGAUAUAUAUAUGUUCUUUUUGUAGCUGUCCCUACAUACUCGUGUGAGCACCAUGUAUGUAGGUGUGACAGUGUUUCAAACAGCCCUUCCACCUGGCCUACUCUCUUGCCUCCAGCUGCUUGGGCAGGACCAUAUAAACACCUAUGAUGCCGAUCUUGAGGGGAUCAAGAGGGGAUUUUCAAAGCAGCCAACAUUACAUCACCCGUGUUUCGAAGUGUAACCUUGAGGCUGAUUAGUAUCACACUCAGGCCACAUUCAAUACUUGUCCACUCUGUUGUUUACUGCCUUGUAUUCUAGUUAUGUAUUUGUCUUUCUCCCCCACUAGAUUAUAUGCUCCUUUUGGGCAGGGACUGUGUCUUCUUCAUCUUUGUAUUCUUCAUGGCAUCUAGCACAGUGCUCUGCACAUGGUAGUCACUCAGUGUUUGUUAAAUAAAGCUAUUGGUGUAUUUAAAAUUCAAAA